GCAGCAUCGGCGGGCCUUCGACACUUGCGCUCACGCCUGCUCCGACGAGUACGCUUGCGUCCAUUUGGGCGGCCAAAGACGUCAGCAUAUUGGGCAUGCCCUCGAACCCGUUGUUCCGCGUGUACUGCUCCUACACCGUGACGAUCAGUGGGGCCCCCGCCACGUCACUGACGGUCUGCACGUACAACGCAACCGGUGCUCUCGUCACGUCUCCCACGGCCACUGUUCCUGGAGGGACACCACCGACACCCACCGUCUCCUGCCCAAGAAGCACCGCCCCCAACUCCUGCCCAGCGUCGGUUCAGCUGAAUUUUGCGCUCGCGAACGCGAGAGCUUUCUUCCAACAGACUCUCUGCAAUUACGCCGUUGCUGUAUUAAGCGGGGCUUCCGCACUUUGCGCUUACGACGCGACUUGCGCGUCAAAGGCAGGAAACGCCGCCAACUGCCCAAGAAACAUUAGCGGGCCCCCGACGCCUGCUCCAACUCCUGCACUGACGCUUGCUCCGACGCAGCCACUGACGGGUGCCGUCGCGGCCAUAUGCCCAGCCACCAAUAUGGAGUCGGGGUCCUUGAACGAAGUGCAGUGCGGGUACGCUGUCAACAACGGCGCGAAGGAAGCACACCGAUCCCCAACUCCUGCCCCGCCAAUCCGCCGUUCGAAACACUAG